AUGAAAAGCGGUCUAUACCAUUCAACUAUAAAGGAAAACCAAGCAACAGAUCCGGAAUCAAAUCAAACUGAACCUUUAGAGGAGAGAUUCCACAACGCAGCGAAAACUCUUCACAGUUGCUGUAUUCAUGGAAUACCAUGCCACAAAGGACUUUUACGUCUAUCAAAGGAUAAUCGCAAUAAUCAUGGUAAUUUAAAGUUGAUUUUUUUUCCGAAAUUUUCUUCUACAAUUGAUAAUUCAAUCCAUGCCAAAAAGGAUACGCCGCAGUUAUUUUAUUCCCAUGAUCAGAAAGGAUUCGUAGAGGAUAAGACAGAAAAACCAUCACAAAAUGCCGAAAUAUCGACGUUCUCGUUGGCACCACCAAAUCCGCUAAUGCAUUAUAUUGGGAUCAUGACUUCAGCAGAAGCGGAAAAGACGGUCCCACGUCCCACUUCCUUUCGUCUAUAUCAUCGAACGAAAAUGUCACUAUCAGAGAUGAGAGAGGCACUACGAGACGGUUCACACAAUACUGUUUCAUUAGUACUUCCACUUUUCGUCAUCUAUCGCUGUAGCGAAGGCCACAUAUGGCACUACGAAAUCAUUGAAGUUCAGUCAAAUUCUACUCGACUUUAUACUGUUAACGUUCCAAACGUCACUCAACCGUGUUUCGUCACUAUCAACGGAUUGGUACGUUUCUACAGUAACUUCUCACUAUCAAACCACUAUAAUGAGAAAGGAGAGCUACAAGUUGACGUGUUUCCAUGCAGAUGA